ACUCAUUGGCCAAGAAACAUAAUUUCUGAAUAAAUUGUUCGCUUCUAAGUUUUGACUUUGUUGCGAGAAAAGGAAAAUGACAAGUUAAAAAUAAUUUGCUGUUUGAAAGGAUGAUUUGAAAAUAUAGUGCUCUUGAAAAUGUGUUGCUGUUUUUCUAACUUCCUAUACAAUCAACAAUUUGUUCUUAGUGUUGUCGCUCAGCCUGGGGGUGGCGGCGCUAACCUUGACAGAAUCUUCAACCAAUAUGCUGGAACAGACAACCAACUCACAAACGCUGAGCUGAACAGAUUCUGGCUUCACUUUGAUGAUGAUGGUAAGCAAAACAAAUGGCAGAUACAGUCUGGUAAUGAUAUUUGCAAUUCAAACUUUCUUAUAUUAUUCCUUUUUUAAAAAAAAAUUCAGUAAUACUGUUUGAAAACAAAUUGCCAAGGGAUUAUUACAUGUCGCACAACUUUUAAGGUGACGGUGAAGUCAGCAAAUCAGAGUUUGACAGCAGCUGGAGACAAGAGAAUUUCCCCAACCCACAAAACGCUCCACUUUUCUUCCUGGAGUUGGACAGAGUAGCUGAUGAGGUCCUCAACUCCCAAGACUUCCCACACAUCUUCAGACUCUGGGAUGAGAACGGUACGUCCCCCUUUUUUUUUUUAGUGGUUUUGUUUAAUUUAUAACGAUUUGGUCUUUUCAAUAUCAUGAAGACGUUAUCAAUUCAAAGUUGAUCUGCUAAUAUGUAACGUUGAUACACUGGACUUAAAUAGUGUUGUGGAAGUCAAAGUUAAACAUACACAAUUUAUGGUUUAAUACAAUUAUUUUUUAUAUUGACUUAUAUAUAUAGCUUCAUCAUCUACUCAUUGUCAAAUAUUUAGCCAAAGAUAUCUUUAUUAAAUGAAAAUGAAAUUGGAAUUUGGAAAAGUUAAUGGCCACACCACUGACUGAAUAAGUCAAAGGAAAGAUAGAGAUGAUCUUUCAAAUGUGCAUUUAUUUACAGGCGACGGAUUCAUCACCGAGAGAGAGUUCAGAUUCAACUGGAAUGCCUACUUUGAUGACUAAAUGAAGAUGCCGCUGAAGUUGUAAUGAGAUGUUGAAAGACCAUUAGUUGAUUAAAGGACGAAUAGUAUCAACCUACUGUUUUAAAUUAUGUGUUAAAAUUAUUGUUAUAAAUUUACCUCUUCAUUUGAAAAUAAUUCUCAGCUUAUAAACAAUUUAUUUUUAGAUUUCAAAGAGAAAGAAAAAUGGAUUCUGAGAGAGUCAUGAAUUUCACAAAUAAUGUCUCUUUAAUAUGUGCAUAUGAACGAAUGUAUCACUUUGCCCAACAGGCGUGACAUUAAAUUCCCCGAUAACUGCACCCCAUAGCGUG